AUGGACCUGGACAUGGGAUCCAUGGCUGCCGCGAUCGGGGUGUCGGUCUCGGUGCUCCGGUUCCUCCUCUGCUUCGCGGUCACCAUACCCGUCAGCUUUCUCUGGAGGUUCGUCCCGGGUCGAGUAGGCAAGCACCUUUACUCGGCCUUCUCCGGCGCUGUGCUCUCCUACCUUUCAUUCGGAUUCUCUUCCAAUCUGCAUUUUUUGGUCCCCAUGCUGUUGGGGUACGCUUCCAUGGUCCUAUUUCGCUCCCGGUGUGGCAUCAUCACGUUCUUCCUGGGAUUCGGCUAUCUUAUUGGCUGCCACGUGUAUUAUAUGAGCGGUGAUGCAUGGAAGGAAGGAGGUAUUGAUGGCACUGGAGCAUUGAUGGUGUUAACUCUAAAAGCCAUUUCGUGUGCAAUAAAUUACAAUGACGGGCUGUUAAAAGAGGAAGGCUUGCGUGAGGCUCAGAAGAAAAAUAGGUUGAUUGAGUUGCCCUCAUUGAUCGAGUACUUCGGUUACUGCCUCUGCUGUGGUAGUCACUUUGCUGGUCCAGUAUUUGAAAUAAAGGAUUAUCUUGACUGGACCGAAGGAAAGGGGAUUUGGAGCCAUUCAGAGAAAGGACCGUCGCCAUCACCAUAUUGGGCCACAGUUAGAGCCCUUGUUCAAGCUGCUUUUUGCAUGGCCUUGUAUCUGUACCUGGUACCUCAGUUUCCUUUGUCCCGGUUUACCGAUCCCAUAUACCAAGAAUGGGGAUUCUGGAAACGGAUGUUUUACCAGUACAUGUCUGGCUUUACAGCACGCUGGAAAUAUUACUUCAUCUGGUCAAUUUCAGAGGCCUCUAUCAUUAUUUCUGGCCUGGGUUUCAGUGGCUGGACUGAAUCAUCUCCGCCAAAGCCCCGCUGGGAUCGUGCCAUAAAUGUUGACAUUCUAGGUGUUGAGUUGGCAAAGAGUGCAGUGGAGCUGCCACUUGUGUGGAAUAUUCAAGUCAGCACCUGGCUGCGUCAUUAUGUUUAUGAGAGACUCGUUCAGAAGGGGAAAAAGCCUGGUUUCUUUCAGUUGCUGGCUACACAGACUGUCAGUGCUGUUUGGCAUGGAUUAUAUCCUGGGUACAUCAUCUUCUUUGUUCAGUCAGCAUUGAUGAUUGCUGGUUCAAAAGUCAUUUUCAGGUGGCAGCAAGCUGUGUCUGGUCUGAUUAAGAAGCUAAUGGUGUUUUUAAACUUUGCUUUCACACUUUUGGUUCUGAACUACUCCUGUGUUGGUUUCAUGGUAUUAAGUCUGCACGAAACACUUGCAUCAUAUGGAAGUGUAUAUUUUGUUGGAACCAUUCUUCCCAUAGUAUUGAUCCUCCUUGGUAACAUAAUUAGACCUGCAAAGCCGGUCAGAUCUAAAGCUGGGAAAGAACAGUGAGGUAGAAAGGGCAUUUUCUUCUCUUUACAAUGCUGUGGAUGAGAUUAGGAGACUGGAAGAGCACUGCAGUCCAUGGUUUCACCUUCAUCUUGGCUAUCUAUGAUGGAAUGUGACCUCUGUUUUCAGCUGUGGAGCCUCUUCACUUAUGACUUCAGUGUUAAGAUUUUUGCUUUAAAUUGUUUAAAUUCCAACCACUUGGUUGGGCGUUUAGAGAUCUCCACUACAUGUUUCAGGACAAUUAUAAGGUAUUUGUACUUGAUCACCUUUUGACUUUAAAACCCAAGUUUUUUUUUUUUUAAAUAAUAAUUUAAUUUUGAUAUAUUCAUCAUUCGACA